AUGACUUUCGCCGCGCACUGCGACCCUGCGGCUGGCUUGGCUUUGGCGCUGGCCGGCCUGCUGCUGGGCAGUCGGCAUCAAUCCCGGCCCUUCCGCUUCUUGGACGGCGCCGAGUCGUUGGCGCCGGAGCUGAGGAGCGCGGCCGACCAGCAAGCCUCGUGCACGAUGGCGUUGCAGCAGGAGCAGGAUUUUCCUACUUCGCUGCUCAUGAGCGGCCACGCCAAUGGCCACAACGGCGUGGGCCCGGGCAAGUUUGUCUACCCAGACUCGCCGCUGCACGAGCUCUUCCACCAGCAGGUGGCGCGGACUCCCGACCGGAUCGCCGUCAUCGACCAGGAGCGGGAGCUCACCUACACAGAGCUCAAGCGGCAGACACAGACCCUGGCCCUGUCGCUGCGGCACCGCGGCGUGAGCGAGGAGCAGCCGGUCGUGCCCAUCUUCAUGCCGCGCUGCCUCGAGUUUGCCGUCGGCUACAUCGCGGCGCUGUCAGCGGGCGGCGCCUACCUCCCUCUGGAGGUCGGCUACCCGGCGGAGAUGCUGCGGCGUGUGCUCGCCGAGGCGAAGCCGGUGCUGACGCUGACGCUAGAGAGCCAGGCGGCAAAGCUGCCCGCCGACGCGCCGCGCCUCUGCCUCGAUCCCGGCUGGGAGGAGGCUUGUGCGCUGCUGCCGGCCGAGCUGGCGGCUCUCCCGUCGCUGGCGACGAGCCUCGAGUCGCUCGCGUACUGCGUCUACUCUAGCGGGACGACGGGCGAGCCGAAGGGCAUCUCCUGCCCGCACCGCGGCUCCGUCCUCUCGUACUCCCACCGCGCGCACCACGCGCCGUACGCGGCGGACGGCUCCGACCGCGAGGCAUGCAACGUCUUCUUCGUCUGGGAGAUGCUGCGGCCGCUGCUGCAGGGGGCGACGCUGGUCGUGGUGCCGGACUCGGUCAUCUACGACCCUCCCGCCCUCUCCUCCUUCCUGGAGCGGCACGCCGUCACCCGCAUGCUCUUCACGCCCUCCCUCCUCGAGGCUGUGCUCGACUCGCCCGCCCUCGCCUCUGGCGACGAGCUGCGGCGCGCCUUUGCCGCCUUCCGCGUGGUCGUGCUGUGCGGCGAGGUGGCGACGGCGGAGCUGCGCGCGCGGGUGCUCUCUCUCGCCCCCGCCGGCCUCAAGCUGCUCAACCUCUACUCCAUCUCCGAGUGCCACGACGUGUCCAUGGUCGACCUCGCCGCCACGCCGCCGCCCGAAGGAAAGUACUGCUCGACCGGCCCGCUGUUGGACGGGGUCGAGGUGCUCAUCCUGGAGGACGCGAACCAGGCGGAGAAGUCGGGCGAGGCGCAGCGAGGGGCGGACGCCGCAAAGGCUCUCCGCCCCGUCCCGCUCGGCUUGCCGGGCGAGGUGUUCGUCUCCGGUCCCUGCCUCGCGCGCGGGUACUUGCAGCGGCCCGACCUCACCGCCAAGAAGUUCCUCCCGCGGCCUCCCUCCCUCUCGGCGACGCCCGCGCCGCAGACGCCCGGCCAGGACGCGGCCUCGCCCGCCCUCUACUCGCGGCUGCUGCGGCCGGACGGGACGCUUGAGAUCUUGGGGCGGCACGACUCGAUGCAGAAGAUACGCGGCUACUCGGUGGAGCUGCGCGCCGUCGAGGCGGCGCUGCUGCAGUGCCAGGGGGUCACCUCGUGCGUGGUUCGCGUGGUGGGCGAGGAGGGGACGGACAAGCAUCUCGCCGCCUUCGUCGUCUUCGAGAGAGAGCGAGACGGGGGCAGCGCCGGCGAGGCGGCGCCGCGCCAGGCGCGCGCGGAGCUGCACGCGGCCGUGCCGCACUACAUGGUCCCGUCCUUCAUCGUCCCGAUGGACGAGCUCCCAACCAACGAGUUCUCGGGCAAGCUCGACCACAAGGCGCUGCCGAGGACGCUGCCGGAGCUCCUCCGCUUCGUCGAGAGCAGCGGCGGUGCGCGGGGGCCGCAGCUGCGCACGCCGACCGAGGCUGCGGUGGGCAAGGUGUGGGCAGAGGUCCUCGAGCUGCCCGCUGCGAUGGUCGACCCCGAGGAGUCCUUCUUCGACCAGGGGGGGCACUCCCUCCGCGCGACGAGGCUGAUCGCCGCGCUCAACCAGGGAGGCUACCCGGCGGUGCGCGUCGCCUCCCUCUUCGAGCACCCCACCAUCCGAGAGCUGUCCGCGCACCUCGACGCUGACGGAGCCAGCCGCGCGGACAAGGCCCCGCACACGCCCCUCCCCCGCUCCGUCGUGGAGAAGGAGAUUGCGGCCCUGGCGGGCGGCAUGCCCGUCGGCUUCGACUCGGCUCUGCGCGCGUACUGGCACGGCGUCUCUCUCGCGAGCAGGCGGGUCGACAGCUGCUCGUCGCAGUCGGCGAGCCGCGUGGGGAGCUACUCGUCGCUGCUGGCUCUCGGGGCGGAGGGGGGGCGGGAGGAGGGGUGCAAGGCGCGGGAGGAGCCGCUGCAGCUCGGCUGCGCGGGCGAGUGCGUCUUGCUCACCGGGGCGACCGGCUUCCUCGGCGCCUUCGUGCUGCGCGAGCUGCUCGCGGCGGGGGAGAGAGGGCCGAAGACCAUCUUUUGCCUCGUGCGCGCGUCGGCGACGGAGACGGCGCUCGAGCGCGUGAUGGGCACGCUGGAGCGGUUCGGGCUCUGGGAGUCCGAGGGCGGGUGGGCGGCGCGCAUCGAGGGCAUCGAGGGCGACACCGCUCUCAAGAGCCUGGGCCUCUCCAACGACCACUACCAGUACCUCGCCACUGUGGUCGACCGCGUCAUCCACGCCGCCGCGCGCGUCAACCUCGUCUUCCCGUACGCGGGCCUGCGCAGAGACAACGUCGUGUCGACCACGCGCGUGCUCCACUUCGCGAUGGACCACAAGGUGAAGCCGGUGACCUACGUCUCGACCGACGCCGUCUUUCGGCCAGGCGACGCGCGGCCCGCGCGCGGAAGAGAGGGCGAGGCCGAGUGCACGCGCGGACCGCACGCAGAAGGCGAGGCCGACUUGGACGCCGAGCUGCCCCUUCUCACGACCGGCUACGCGCAGUCCAAGUGCGUGGCGGAGCUGCUUGUGCGCGAGGCGGCCAAGCGAGGCUUGCCCACGACCAUCGUCCGGCCAGGCAACCUUGGUGGGUGCGACCCGCGCGCCGCCAUCCGACCGCGAGGCACGCGCCAGCUCAUCCACGCCGAGAACGUGUCGAUCGGGCGCACGCCCCGCUUCGACGCCGCAGAGCAGGUCAAGGCUGCGCUCGACGCCGCCGAGCGGUCGCGAGGCGGGCCGAGCUCUCUCUCGGACAAGGUCGCCGCCGCUGGCUGGAACAGCUCCGACUCCAACUUUCUGAUGCUGGUUGGCUGCGCGCUGCUCGGCGCGGCGCCUGGCGGAGUCGGCGGGUGGAGCUGCGAGCUGACGCCGGUCGACUUUGCGGCGCGCGCAGUCGUGGCCCUCUCGGGCGACUCUGGCGCGGUCGGCCAGGCGUACAACCUGGUCAACUCCGACGCGACUCUGCCUUGGGACGCCGUGCUCGACGCGGCGCGGAGCUGCGGCGUCGCGGUCGAGUCGCUGCCGUACGCAACCUUCCGCGAGCGGCUCGAGGCUGCCGCCGGCGGCGCGUCGGAGGCGGCGCAAGCCAUCCUCCGCCCGCUGUGGGACUUGCUGAGUCCACUGGCCACUCCGGAGGCACUCGCCGCCAACGACGCCACCGCCUCCUUCGAGAGCGCCGCCUUGCGCGCCGUCUGCAGCCGUCGCGGCGCGGGCGCCUACCCGCCUCUCGACAUCGCGCUCGUGCGCGAGUAUUGCUGGCACCUCCUCGACGCUGGCGUCUUCCCGCGGCCGGCGGUCGGAGGCGCGGCCGGGGGCGCCGAGCCGCGCCGCCUCACCGGCCAGGUCGCCGUCGUCACCGGGGCCUCGGGCGGGAUCGGCGCGGCGAUCGCGCGGCAGCUCGCUGCGGCGGGUGCGGCGGUCUGCCUGGCGGCACGGCGGAAGGGGCGGAUCGAGUCGCUGGCGGGGGAGCUGUCCCGCGCGCACGGCGUGCCCACCCUCGCCGUGGUUGCGGACGUGACCGACCGGGCGUCCGUCAAGGCGUGCGUGCGCGAGGCGGAGGGUGCGCUCGGCCCUGUGAGCGUGCUGGUGUCCAACGCGGGCGUGAUGCACUACACGCUGAUGAAGAACCUGCACGAGGACGAGUGGGCGCAGGCGGUCGACGUCAACUGCAAGGGCAUGCUCAACGCCGUCGGGGCGGUGCUGCCCGGCAUGCUCUCGCGCGGCAGAGGCCACAUCCUCACAAUCACCUCGGACGCGGGCCGCAAGGCCUUCCCCGGCCUCUCCGUCUACAGCGGCACAAAGUUCUUCAACGAGGCGGUCUCGCAGGGCUUGCGCGCCGAGUGCGUCGGUACGGGCGUCAAGGCGCGCGGCAUCUACGCGCAGCCGUCCAAGGACCGCAACGUCUGGCUCGACCCGCUCGACGUCGCAGACACCGUCGUGUGGGCCCUGUCGCAGCCGCCGCACGUCGCGGUCAACGAGGUCCUCGUUGAGCCGCGGGACGCGCCCGCGUGAGGCUGGCAGAGCGGCGGCGCCCCGGCGGGAGAGGGGGGCGGAGCGGCCGGCACCGAGAGGCACUCUGGCGGGAGACGGAGGGGAGGGGGAGGGGGCCGGGGAGGGGAGGGAGACGGGGUCGGUGGCUGGCUUUCGGCACGGCGGUGUCACAUGGAAUCCCAUGCAUGAUGCAGCAUCACAUAACACACAUGAACAUGAUGCAUCCUAAUACAUGAUCCAGGCAGGCGUAGAGAGCGUGGCUGGUGGCCGGUGGCGGUGCGGUUUUUUACUAUACGAAGUGGAGUCUGUCCGACGGCGACGCCCGCGGGUCAAAUGGAAAGGUGUAAGUCGUAACAGCCAACACGCCGCAAAGGCAAAACAAGAGCCAAAAAUCUCGAGCCGUGUAACAG